UGUAAAUUAUUGGUAGGUACGGUAAUAACUAAUAAGUCUGUAUUAAUACUCUUUAUAAAUAAAUCAAGUUAACCUAUGUUUGUGUUAACCAGAUGGAAAUAAUAAUACAUAAUAUGAAGAGGUUGCCAACAUAAUAUCAUAUUUCAUUAUUGUUCUUGAAACAGUUAAGUUGCUAUAUUGCUAGUAUAUUUAUUGAUUAGAUAAUUUAGAAUGUGUUGCCUAGCAUUCAUGGUUACCAAGGCAAGGAUUACAAACAAACAUUGUCAUUUCAAACUGUUGUGUUGUGUUUCAUAGAAAACAGUAGGUACUAAAAUAAUAAUUCGUUAAGCAUUAAAGUUGUUUUUAUUUAUCAUAAUUAAAAUGCAAAUUCAGAAACUCAAGAUACUUAUGAUAGGUCCUUCUGAAAGUGGCAAGUCUUUGCUAGCCAAUUUCAUAUCAGAGGCUGUGAAUUUCGAAGAUUCUGAACCGCGUCCAACUCAGGGUGUUAGAAUCGUCGAAUUCGAACUGCCAAAUCUAAGUAUAAACGACAAACAGUGCAAGGUCGAUAUUGAACUUUGGGACUGCAGCGGUGAUCAUAAGUUUGAAUCCUGCUGGCCUGCUCUUCGUGUUGGUGUCAACGGUGUUAUAUUUGUAUGUUCGUCUAACUCAACGAAUGCACCACGAGAAUUGGAACUUUUGUACAACUAUUUCGUGUCGCAACCAAAAUUAUCUACAAAACAGUGUGUUGUAUUCUGCAACUGUACCGACGGCCAAGAGGAUGAUGGUGUUUUGAACUUAUCUCCGUCGUUUUCAAGAGUUUCCCAAGUAGCAAUCAACAUGAAUACAAGAAGAGAUCGUGUAAAAUUAGAUUUUAUAAAUUUUGUGUCAUCGAUUUUACAAUCCAUUUCUCAAAGUGACAUUUAAGGCUUAAAAAUAAUAUGGUCUACAAUAUGAGGUAAAAAUUAGAAUUAAUUCAGGUGUAAAAGUAUAUUUUAAGUUUUAGAGAAGACGAAGAGUAAUAAUCGUUAGUUGAAAAUGAGGUAAAAAUGAUGAUAUUAAAAUGAGACUUAUUUAUUUGAAGAAAAGUUUCGAUAUUAAUGACUCAAUUAAACAAUUAUUGUUUAUUUCUUUAAAUGUAUUGUUUUUCCUAAUCCUCCUCAUUUAAUCUUUUUACCUUGAGACAGGUAACUUACCCCAUAAAACAAUGAAGUGUGCAUCAUUACUGAAAAACAUCCAUUAAUUGUCACCGAAGUCAUACAUAAGUCAUUCCUGUAAAAGAGGUACUUUAUUCGCAGGUGCUGAAUUAAUACAUGAAAAAUAUAUAAAUAAUUUAUUUAAAA